AUGGCUUCCCUCGAUGGCUUCCCCGGCGAGGCUCUUUUCAACCAGGGAUUUUGCUACACAUACGAUGAUGUUAUCUUCCAUCCUGGUUUCAUCGAUUUUGCGGCUGACCAGGUUGAUCUCUCAACACGAGUGAGUAGAAAUGUGUCGAUCCGAACGCCAAUGGUGAGCUCUCCGAUGGAUACAGUCACCGAGUCUGAUAUGGCCAUCGCAAUGGCUGAGGCUGGAGGGAUGGGUUUCCUUCACUACAACAUGGCGAUGGAAUCUCAACUUGAACAUGCGAAGAUAGUCAAGUCGCAUAGACCCGGAUACGUCGCAAAUCCGGCAGUUCUGCGCCCAAGUGCAACACUUCGAGAUUUGGACGAGUUGCGCGCAGCUCGAGGUUUCAGCUCAGUUUGCAUCAGUGAAAGUGGAACUUGUGGUAGUGCUCUACUCGGUUUAGUAACUACUCGUGACGCUGAACUUGUGCGCGAUCGCAACACCUUACUUUCUGAAGUCAUGACUUCCGUCGACGACCUGGUGCUCGGUUCUACCGAGAAGAGUGCACAAGAGAACGAGCAAAUUCUUCUUGAGAGUAAAAGGGGAAAGCUACCCAUCGUAGAUGCAAAGCGAUAUUUGAUUGGCUUGUUGACGCGAGCGACCAUAAAAGAUAGGUUAAAUAGACCACCAAGUGGAGUUCCUUCUAUCGAUAAACAUGGUCGUUUGCUGUGUGGGGCCGCCAUCGGAACGCGAGACGCCGAUCGUGUCCGCGCUAAAUAUCUCGCAGAUGCUGGAGUGGAUGCCAUCAUUCUGGAUUCAUCUCAAGGCGAUUCUAUUUAUCAGCUAGAAAUGAUCAAGUACUUGAAAAACGAGCUUCCGCACGUGGAUGUAAUCGCUGGAAAUGUUGUCACACAGAAUCAGGCUCGACGUCUACUCGAAGUUGGCGCUGACGGGCUUCGCGUUGGUAUGGGUUCCGGCAGUAUAUGUACAACACAAGAAGUAUGUGCCGUUGGUCGAGGACAGGCGACAGCCGUUUACAAGGUGGGGCAAAUAGCUAAAGAGUUCAAUGUUCCUAUCAUCGCCGAUGGAGGCAUCCAAAACAGUGGCCACAUUGUCAAAGCGUUGGCGCUUGGGGCUAGUGUCGCCAUGUGUGGUUCUAUGUUUUCGGGUACCACAGAAGCACCAGGACAAUACUUCUAUCAAGACGGCGUCCGCGUAAAAAAGUAUCGUGGAAUGGGUAGCCUUGACGCUAUGAAGAAGGGGAGCGAUUCUCGCUAUCUGAGCGAAUCUGGGCACCUGAAGAUUGCUCAAGGUGUAUCUGGUACGGUUCGAGACAAGGGCUCUGUGAAAACUAUGAUUCCGUAUCUCGUGCACGGUGUCAAGCAAGGUUUUCAAGAUCUCGGAGCGGAUUCACUUACAAAAGCGCAUCAGAUUUUAGCUAGUGGAACGAUGACGAUGGAGGCGCGAACUGGCGCAGCUCAGCGAGAGGGCGGUAUACAUGACAUGCACAGCUAUACUAAGGUGCCUUGGUAG